UCCGGUUCGCCAGCGCAUCUGCGUCAUCAUUGCGUGCCCCGGAAACAGCGAGUGUUGAAGGGUGGACUUAUUCCCCAGCACGGCAAGCUACUUUUUCGCUCAUUUUAUCAAAAAACAACACUGAAUAAAGCAUAUAGCAGUCUUUUGGAUGCUCCUAUAAGCUGCUUUCUGUCUCUGAGGUUAACAGUGAAGCCGGUUGCCAUGGCGUCUCCAGGGGGACAAGGAGGAGGAGCUCUGUCGACGAGAGGAGGCGGCGGGGCCAGGAGGAUGAAGUGGGCUCUGGAGCUGAGCAUGGGCAACACCAGGAGUCGUGGUGACCGUCAGGGCGGUCAGGGAGACGUUGUUUACCCCAUCGGCUUCUCUGAAAAACCCGUCCCCGACACCAGCAUACAGGAGACGGACAAGAACCUGGUGGAGAAGCGGUGUUGGGACGUGGCUCUCGGGCCCCUGAAACAGAUCCCCAUGAACCUGUUCAUCAUGUACAUGUCGGGCAACACCAUCUCCAUCUUCCCCAUCAUGAUGGUCUGCAUGAUGGCCUGGAGGCCCAUACAGGCGCUCAUGUCCAUGUCUGCCACCUUUAAGCUGCUGGAGAGCUCCAGUCAGCAGUGGCUUCAGGGCCUCGUGUACCUGGUGGGUAAUCUCCUGGGCUCGGCGUUGGCCAUCUACAAGUGUCAGUCGAUGGGACUGCUCCCGACACACUCUUCUGAUUGGCUGGCUUUCAUAGGACCGCCUGAGAGGAUGGAGAUCAUGGGUGGAGGGAUGGUGCUGUGAAGAGGAAGGAGCGUGCACAUACCACCUUCAGAUAUUUACAGCGGUUAUAUAUAACUUCAUCUACAUAUAAAGUCUGUAAAGCAUUUUCAUUUUGUCAGUAAGUAAGUCUUAUUAGGUUUUUCUAAUUUUCUGUUUCUAAGUUUGCAGUGACACAAAUGAUUUCAGCAUGCUCGCCAGCAACAUUUACUAACCUGUUCUUAAUUUAUGAGUCUGUUUAACUUAUAGUGGUUUGCUACUUGUUCUAUUAAAUAAAUAAAUCCUUUUUGUCUGAAAGAA